AUGAUUCAAGAAUUGUUGGGCAUGGAAUUUCUGGAAGGUUGUGGUUGUUAUGUGCCAAAUGUGACUAUUGCUUGGUGCCAAGACUAUACAGAAGCAAAUGGAACAAUCUACAUCGUCGCAGAGGUGCUAGUCGGAAUUGAACGAAGUAUCAGAAUCUUUAUAGAAGAUGAUCACUAUUACAGAGGAGUAGAGGCAACUAUCAGGACUGUUUAUAAGCUAGGCGAGUCAAAACGGCAGGAUUAUAGAAAGGAUUUCCUCGAAGGCAAGCAGGUUAUUCUUCAGCUGCUUUACUCAAAGGAUUGUCAAGCUGAGGUUCCAAGUCAUAAUAAUUUUAAAGGUGGUAUUCUGAUUGGAGGCCUUUUGAAUAUAGUGAAUAAUGAUAUAACGAUCAGGAUGGACAAAUGUGAUUAUCGCUUAUGGAGGCCUAACGUCCAAGUAUCCAGAUGGUAUUAUUCGAAGGAGAUCGACUGCGAUCAAGUCUUAAAGGAGUAUAGAAAAGUUCUCAGUGACCAGGGCUACAAAAACCAAAUAAACCCCAGUGCUCCUACCACCGUGUUAAACCCUAACACUCCUCCCUCAGAGGGAACUUCCAGCGAUUCCAGUGCAUCAUUGUCAAGCUCAGAGGAACUCACGGUGGGAACUUGUAAGGAUUGUAGAAGUGGCGAUCAUGCAAUGAUGUUGGAUUUUUGUGAAUCUAGUUUUGUCCUCAAACUCAAACUCAACACUAUUGAAACGCUGCAAGACAGUCCUGCACUCUAUCAAAUUUAUACGGUGACUGUAACAGACAUUUACAAAAUAGAAAAGAAUGCAGGUGUAGUCGAAAACCAGACCGUAACUCUCUUGUUGUAUGACACAGGGAAAUGCAGACGCAGACUUGAGCGUGAUCCAGUUGCUGUUGUUGCAGGUCAAAUAACUGAACGAUCAGACGGAUCGCCUGCUCUCAAUGUAACUAGCUGUAGUCUAAGAAGAUGGCGUAAGCAGCACGACGUUGCCGAAAAAUUGAAGACGUUAUUGAAUGAAGCAGUUUGCAAAGCCGCUAAAACGUAA